CAAAGUCACUCGCUUUCCUUUUCUUUUCCAUGUCAACUCCUCUGCAAGCCUAACCUUCUUUUUCUUCUUCUUCUUCUCUCGAUCCCUCUCAAUCUCAAACCACGCCCACCGACACCCUAAUUUCAUCUUACUCCUCAGGUGCCACCCAAGUCUGCGUCCAUGGCCCGUCGAGCCCUCCCUAUAAUCAGGCAACUCGCGGCUCGGCCAACACCGGCCGCGUCCUUGGGGACCAAACCCGACCCGCACAAUCGAUCCGUUACCUACAUGCCCCGGCCUGGCGACGGAGCACCGCGUCCCGUGACCCUGAUCCCCGGAGACGGCGUCGGACCGCUUGUGACCAAUGCGGUGGAGCAGGUCAUGGAGGCUAUGCACGCGCCGCUCUACUUCGAGCGGUACGAGAUCCACGGCGACAUGAAGCGCGUGCCAGAGGAGGUCCUCGAGUCGAUUCGGAAGAACAAGGUGUGUCUUAAGGGAGGGUUGAAGACUCCAGUGGGAGGUGGUGUGAACUCGCUCAACGUUCAAUUGAGGAGGGAGCUUGAUUUGUACGCUUCGCUCGUCAAUUGCUUCAAUCUUCCGGGAUUGCCGACGCGCCACGAAAACGUGGACAUCGUGGUGAUCAGGGAGAACACCGAGGGAGAGUACUCUGGCCUUGAGCACGAGGUCGUUCCUGGCGUCGUCGAGAGUCUCAAGGUGAUAACAAAGUUUUGCUCGGAGCGUAUUGCUAAGUAUGCCUUUGAGUAUGCCUAUCUGAACAACAGAAAAACUGUGACGGCUGUGCACAAAGCCAACAUCAUGAAACUUGCAGAUGGUUUAUUUUUAGAAUCUUGCCGGGAGGUUGCCACAAAAUAUCCGAGCAUCAAGUACAAUGAGAUUAUUGUUGACAACUGCUGUAUGCAACUUGUUUCCAAGCCUGAGCAGUUUGACGUCAUGGUGACUCCUAACCUUUAUGGAAAUCUAGUGGCUAAUACAGCAGCUGGUAUUGCUGGAGGCACUGGUGUCAUGCCAGGAGGAAAUGUGGGAGCUGAACAUGCUGUUUUCGAGCAAGGUGCUUCAGCUGGAAAUGUGGGAAAUGAAAAAUUACUGGAGCAAAGGAAGGCAAAUCCAGUGGCUUUGCUCCUGUCAUCAGCCAUGAUGCUGCGGCAUCUUCAGUUCCCUUCAUUUGCUGAUCGUCUUGAGACAGCUGUGAAACGUGUGAUCUCAGAGGGCAAAUACCGAACGAAGGAUCUUGGUGGAGACAGUAGUACCCAGGAGGUAGUUGAUGCUGUUAUUGCCAAUCUAGACUGAUGGAUUGGGUAAAUGUUCAUUAUUUAUCUUGGUCAUGUAUUCAUUAACAGCUUCCUGACAUGGUUUCUUCUGCCUAUAUUAUUGUUAGCUAUCUUCUGCAUUGUCAGAAAGCAUGAUUUUUUUUCCCUUUUUCCUUUAUGGAAAUAAUCCGAGUUGAUCUUAUAGUCGGUCUUGCAAUAAACAUUCCACAAGAGGUUUUUUUUUUCCUUUCUAUAAAUUACAAUUCAAUGUCCUUUUUGAUUCGAUUUUGUUCAAUUCAUGUGAAUUGAUGUUUUGUUGAGCAACAAUACAAAAAGGAAAAAAAGUUGCUUAUAGUCA